GGUUGCAAUCUAACAGAUGCACAACGUCUUGGGGUUGAGAACAGACCUCCACCCAUCAGCAUUUUAAAAUUUGAAUGUUACACUGCUAAGCCUCAGGGUUUUCCAUUAAUCAAAAUUCGCCAAAUUACUCUAAGACUGCAGCCCUAUCAGUCCAUCAGGUUCCAGAGAGCAAAAUGAGCAAAAGCACUUCAAUUGUUCAUGUUGAGCUGAACAACCAGGUUCCUCUUCUCCAAUGUCAUGUGGAGAUGGGAAAGCCAAGUGUCAUUUAAAGUGUCAGCAUCCCAUUGUGGGGUUCAGACCCCACUCACGGGGGGCACUGCAUGGAGAGAUGCACACUCCUGCAUCACUCAAGUUCAUGGGACUGGUCAGAACAUGAAGCAAUGUGCAGCAUACUGAGAGGAAACAGGAUCAGUCCCCGCGUGGCAUUCCAAUUCCAUUUUCCUCCCACAUCCAAGAAACCCCGAGUGUUUUCUCACAGCCAGGCAGGUGUUGGGUCUGAUGCUCCUGAUCCACACUCUCUGGCACAGACAAGAACCAAACGUUGGUCCCAUAACCACAUUCAGUUUUGAACUCCAAGAGAUGCAUCUCCACAGGUUUCAUUAAAUAUGCGUAGACCAAAGGGUAUUUCAAAACCCUAGGCAGGGGUGCAGUGAGCACCCAUUUAAAUGCAGAUGCUUUAAGAGUCAUUUUCAGUUGCUCAAUCUCCAUGUGAAGCAGUAGCAGGACGGAGCUUGAACAUGCAGGGAAGGUGGCAGUGCAGGCAAUCCUGAGGACACCAGCAACUGCCUUUCAGCUCUCACAUUUAUAAAUAAUUUAUUUCCAGCCACCUGUGCCCAGAAUAACAAUUUUCUGCCCGAAAUCUCCAAGCUGGUGGUGGGUGGCCGCCAGGGGCUCGCUUUCCCGGGACCCUCUCGACCUGUUGGGAAGGGGCCCGGGUCUCCAGAGGGGCAGCUCUGAAGGGAUGUGCCCCUAGUGGGAAGAGGCACAAGAAACAAACACGGAGCAUCCGUUCAGCUGAUCGCAUUAGGGCUUCUCGCUGCUGCUGCUGCCACUCAGCUCUCUGCCGAUGCAGCCAUCCGUGCGUUUGGACAAACACCCAGGCAGAGGGAAUGGGUAGGUCUGGAAACGUCGGCAGCUGCAGAAGGCUGCAGAGCUCUGCUGUGAAGCAGCCUUAGAGGAGAGGCUGCUUCUCCGGGCAGGGCAGCGUUAUGAAACACGAGCGCGCUGGCUGUGCCUGAGGAUUUCGGCAGCGCGGCGCGGACGCCGCUUCCAUCCUGCCUGUUGGCGCAGGAGGCCAUGGAGCGGCUCCCUCCGGCCGGCUCCCGCAGGGCGCAGGACCCCGGCGCCCCGGCCCGCUGAGCCGCAGGGACCCCGAGAGCCGCGGGGACCCCGAGAGCCGCAGGGACCCCGAGAGCCGCGGGGACCCCGGAGAGCCGCAGGGACCCCGGAGAGCCGCGGGGACCCCUCGAGGGACACGGCGGCAGCGGUUUCAGCAUCAGCGGUUCAGCAGCUGGGCAGGGCACGAUGAAGGCAUCCGCCCAGGAGCCCACGGAGCCCCUGGGCCAGCCAGGAGCCUGAGGCUAGCAGCAGUGCCACACCAGGCUGGUCUCUGCUGCAGCCAGCUGGGAAGAAGCUUUUCAUCAGGAGAAGGCACCAAAGUGAUGGGCUGAACUUAUGGGAGGAAUGAGUGUCUGGCCAGGCGAAGAUUUGGAGGCCUGUUGGGAAGCGUGAAGGGCCAGUUUCAGUAAGGGCAUGGCCAAAGCUUUCUUCAGGCUACAGAAGUUUCUCCGUCGGAUCCAGUUUCUGCUCUUCUUCCUCACAGCAGCUUAUCUGAUGGCUGGCAGCCUCUUGCUGCUGCAGCGGACGCGCUUGGUUCUCCAGCAAGGUUCGCGUGGGACCCCCGCUAACCAGGCCCUGCCGGUGCCGGAGGAGAUGGGCAGGGUGGGGAUCACAGAGCCCAGGGCCCUGCAGAGCCCCCGGGCCAGCCCCAGGCUCCUGGUGGGCAUGGAGGCGCUGCAGGAGCCGGCCCUGGACCAGCGGCACAGCCCGCACUGGCUCAUGUCCCGCAACUCGGAGCUCAGGCAGCUGAGGAGAAGGUGGUUCCACAGGCUCACCAGGGACCAGGAGCCCCUGCAGACUGCAGGGCUUAAAGCAAUGAAGCGCACUGCUGAACACAAAGGCACCUACAUGGGCUGCUUCACUCACGAUUCGAGGGAGAGGACACUGAAAGGAGCUGUCUUUUAUGACUUAAGAAAAAUGACAGUAGGUCACUGUCAGGAAGCUUGUGCUGAGAGAGCGUACAGCUACGCGGGCCUGGCCUACGGAGCAGAGUGCUACUGCGGGAACACGCUGCCAGCAGCUGCCGCCCAGCCCCAGGAGUGCAGCAGCGAGUGCAAGGGCGAGAAGGGCUCCGUGUGCGGAGGGGUGAACCGCCUCUCGGUCUACAGCGUGGAGCAGCUGCGGGCAGGAGCCAGGCCACGGAGGAAUGUUAUCUAUCGAGGAUGUUUUAGAGCUCCAGAAAAUUUAACAGACACCUUUCCAGCCUCUUUGAUACAGCCCAAUUUGACGGUGGAGAUGUGCUCUGAAUUUUGCUCCAAGAAAGAGUUCCCGUUGGCAGUGAUCCGAGGGCAGGAAUGCUACUGUGGAUACCCCACCAGGCGCUUCUCGCUGCGCGAGGGCACGGACGGGCGGCGCUGCAGCGGGAGCCACAACGCCAGCAGCGCUGCUGGGGGAGACUACUGCCUGGUCUAUCAGACACCUGUGCAAGACACCCGCUGCACAGACAGGAAAUUCUUAACCACCAAAUCCAAAGUCUUUGUUGCUUUGUCAAGCUUUCCUGGGGCUGGGAAUACAUGGGCACGCCAUCUGAUAGAGCACGCCACAGGAUACUACACAGGAAGUUAUUACUUUGAUGGAGCCCUCUACAACAAAGGUUUUAAAGGAGAAAAAGACCACUGGAGAAGUAGAAGGACCAUCUGUGUGAAAACACAUGAAAGUGGCAAGACAGAGAUUGAAAUGUUCGACUCGGCGAUCCUGCUGAUAAGGAACCCGUACAAAUCACUGAUGGCAGAGUUCAACAGAAAAUACGCCGGGCAUCUGGGCUAUGCCACUGACCGCAACUGGAAGAGCAAAGAGUGGCCGGAUUUUGUGAACAGCUAUGCCUCCUGGUGGGCCUCCCACGUCCUGGAGUGGCUGAAGUAUGGGAAGCGCCUGCUCGUUGUCCAUUAUGAGGACCUGAAGCAGAGCCUCAUCCCCAAGCUGAAGGAGAUGGUGGAGUUUCUGAAUGUGACAGUGACAGAGGACCGGCUGCUCUGUGUGGAGAACAACAGGGACGGGAAUUUCAAGCGAUCUGGUACUAAGCAAAAGAAUUUUGAGCCAUUCACCCAGGAAAUGAAAGAUCUUAUCAACAGAUACAUCCUGACAGUGGAUGAAGCCCUAAAGGGAAGAAACUUCUCAGGGCUGCCCAGGGAGUAUGUGCCAAGAUGAUAGGCUGGUAUCACGCAGCUGUGGUUAAAAAUGAAGUUUUUUUGUUUUUUUUUCUUAAAAAACCAGAAAAAACUCCCAAACAAAACAAACAAACAAACAAACAAAAACAAAGAAACAAAAAACCACACACCAAAAAACCCCAAACCCCACAAACAAAUAAGAAGAAAAGAAAAAAAAAUUUAAAAAAGAAAAAAAAAAAAAAAGAAAAGAAAAGAAGACCAAGAAGACCAGACCUCUUUAGCAGUUAUAGCAAAGAUACUUGUGGAGGCUGCUGAGCUCUGCAGCAGUUGGGAAUGCCUGGGUUUUGUCAGCCCCAAAAAGCCCCAAACCUGGCUCCAGGGGAAUGGAGGAGACCCCAGAGGGGCAGAGGGGUGGCAGAGAAGGGAGUGCCACCUGUGCUAGGGGCUUGACACACGUUUCUGCACCUCUGCCUCUUCAUCUGGAGAGUCAUGGUGGGUCUGGGGGGACACCAGGGCCAAAUGUCACCACGGUCUGUGCUCUUGGUUCUAGAAAUGGUCAGCUGGGAAGACCUGGAGAAUAGGGGCAAAGGGGGUAAACCCCAGUCCUUCCAGCCCCAGCAGGGGUAGGCUCACACCUCCCGCCUCAUCCCUGAAAUCCCUGGAGUAUCUCCAAGGCAGUCCAACCUGGAAAACCACAGCUACUUAGAGCUGCACUCUGGAGCUCCCUCCAGCAGCCAUACAGGUUUGAUUUUUAACUCCUGCAAUCACCUUGGGUGUGUUUGACCCUGCAGGGGGCCCGUGUUCUGUGGGGAGAGAACAGGGGCACCCAGGGCUGGCAGGGCAGCUGGCCCCAUGAUCCACUGGGCAGCUUGGAGGUGGUUAAUCCCUGGCUGCCCUGCUGCAAGACGCUUCUGUUCACAUGAAGUAAAGGAUUUCUUAAAAAUUUGAGUGAAAAUACUAAUUUUAAUAAAACAAGUUUAUAUAAAGGGAGCUGAACUUCCUCUGCCUGUGUAUCAUUGGUGCUUUAAAAACAAUACAGGACAUGAGUACCUUUUAACCCAAGCCUCUCCUUCAGGUGCUGCCCCAGUGCAGGGAACAGCACCUAGCUGCCCACGUGGCUCUUGCUGCUGUUGCCUUUCAGUGUGCCCAAAGGAGGGCUCCAAGGUGUGCAGGGAGGAGAGGCUAUGGAAUCACAAGCUCCUAAAAGUACUGAUAACAAAAAUAAUUUCCUUCUCUGAACCACAGUGGAGAGACCUUUCCAGGUCUGUUCUGCACCGGUGGGGUGGGUAGGAAGCAAACUGCAUUAUCUGGAGCAGUUGCUGCAGUCACACAGUGACUGGAUUAUGAGCGCUUAUCCCCAAGGCAAAACAGACAAUCACAGCCCUUGGAUUUUUAGAUAUGUCAGAAGCUGCAUUAACCUAUAAUACUUCUGAAAUAAAGCACUUAGUACCACCAUUGCAAAAUUAUACAGCUCAUUUCAUAGGAAAAAAUUCAAGUCACAAUGAAUGGAAAACACAGAGAGGGAAGUGAUUUAAAGGCAACACCUUGCUAAUGACAAGAACAUUUCUUUGACGAGUGAGGUUAUAAAGGAGCAGUCUGCAGUACAACUGCAUCUUUCAUGAAGCAUCAAAUAUGCUGGAAAAUAAACCAAAUCUUCCAUGCUGACUUACCCUAUCACAACGAUGUUCUGGAAAAUUGUCAAACACACACAAACACACACGUGUGUGGUUGCAUGGGCAGCCGGUCCCACAUUCCCCACGCAGUGACCAGGAGGUCUGUCCCUGCCUGGAGACCCCUGGAGCCUCCACUCUGCCUUGGGGGGCACAGGGCUGGGACCCCACCCUGCAGCAGGGAGGGCAGAGCUGGGACAGCACCCACCACCCCAGGGACGGGGCAUAGCUGCACAUGAGCCACAGUGCUCUGGUGGAGGAUUUCUGUUAAAAGAAUGUGCAGAACAUUUGUUUUCUUAGAAACACUCUUUUUUUCCACAGUCACUCACUUAAAUGGAUUCCACUGUGCCUGUUUUAUGCCUUUCUUUAUUCCAGCAGAGACUAAAUUAAGCUUUGAAGUUUAGUGAGAAAUCCUAAUGGCAUUCGACUUCAGUGCUAUUGCCUGAAUCCUGGGGAAUUUAAAGAAAGGGGGAGAGCAAGAGGAAAGAAACCACUCUUUUAUUAUUUUCUACAGCUUGAUCCUGAAAUGGCUGGCUUUGAAAAUAACCUUAGUGCCUAACUUUAUGCAUUAUUCAUAUAUACUAAAACAUGUAAAUACAGUUUUCAAAGGUUAAAAUAAAACUCCUUUCCUGUA